GCCGGCGGCCGGACGUCGCGCACGCUACGUCACGGCGCGCUCGGCCUCCGCCGUCGGGGUUCGCGGUGACGCGCACGCCCCGCCCCCUCCGUCCCUCCCGGCCGGAGCGCGAGGCUCAGCGAGCGCGUCAGUCGGCCGGACGGCGGUGCUGUGAGCAGUCGGCUCGGGCCCUCGUCCUCCUCGCCAGGCGCCGGUCGAAGCCUCGGAGAGCGCGUCCCGCGGGGCCCUCGGCGGCGUCCGCGCCUCGCCGUGCGCGCUCGCUGCGUCCUCGGAACCGGCCCGGCCCGCCGCUGGAGGCGUCGAGGGGGCGCCGACGGGCUGCGCAGCGUUGCGGCCUCCGGGUCUCCCUCCGCCUCCUCGCCGCCCCCCUCCCCCGCCGCUCCCCUCCUCCCACUUCCCGAGCUCCGGCGUGUCCCGGCCUCGCUCGGGGCUGCUGUGCUGCCGCUGCUGCUGCUGCACGAACAAAGGACGACCCCGCGGCGGCGGCGGCGCUUCCCCCUCCGCCUGCGCCCGCCUCCCGAGCCCGGCUCGCGGCGGCGGCGACUCCACGGUGCCCGGAGGCCUCGGCCCCGCCGCGCCGCGUAGCGCGUGAGCCGGCUUCCUGCACUCCUGCCCCCGCAGGAAAAAUAUGGCUCAGGAGACUAACCAGACCCCCGGGCCCAUGCUGUGUAGUACAGGAUGUGGCUUUUAUGGGAACCCUAGGACAAAUGGGAUGUGUUCUGUGUGCUACAAAGAACAUCUUCAGAGGCAGCAGAAUAGUGGCAGAAUGAGCCCAAUGGGAACAGCGAGUGGUUCCAACAGUCCUACCUCAGAUUCUGCAUCUGUACAGAGAGCAGAUGCUAGUUUAAACAACUGUGAAGGUGCUGCUGGCAGCACAUCUGAAAAAUCAAGAAAUGUGCCUGUGGCUGCCUUGCCCGUAACUCAGCAAAUGACAGAGAUGAGCAUUUCAAGAGAGGACAAAAUAACUGCCCCGAAAACAGAAGUGUCAGAGCCAGUUGUCACUCAGCCUAGUCCAUCAGUUUCUCAGCCCAGUACUUCUCAGAGUGAAGAAAAAGCUCCUGAGUUGCCCAAACCAAAGAAGAACAGAUGUUUCAUGUGCAGAAAGAAAGUUGGCCUUACAGGAUUUGACUGCCGGUGUGGAAAUUUGUUUUGUGGACUUCACCGUUAUUCUGACAAGCACAACUGUCCAUAUGAUUACAAAGCAGAAGCUGCAGCAAAAAUCAGAAAAGAGAAUCCAGUUGUUGUGGCUGAAAAAAUCCAGAGAAUAUAAAUUACUACUUGGGAAGAGACUGAAACUUUUGUUUUUAUUUUAAUAUAUCGUAGGAAAACAUUAAAGAGCAGAUGCAUGGCCAUUUUCCUUUGAUGUUCUCCAGAGUUUUACUUUACACUUGUCUGUCUUAUAGUUGAUACUUUAGGAUGUUUGGGUGUUUGUUACUGGCAGAAUUGGAUAGAUACAGCCCUACAAAAUGUAUAUGCCCUCCCCUGAAUAAAAUUGGAUGAAAAUCUGCACAGCAAAUUGAAGUACACGGAUAAUAGGGACAAAAUUUAGUUCCCUUGUGCCAAACACAUGAAAUCUCUGCAUGUUUGCAGCAUAUCUGCCUUUUGGGAAUGUAAUCAAGGUAUAAUCUUUGGCUAGUGUUAUGUGCCUGUAUUUUUUUAAAAAAUGGUACACCAGAAAAGGACUGGCAGUCUACUUCUACCAUAGUUAAACUUCACCCAUUUUAUUUCCACAAUCUUUGGAAGCAGGAAGAAAGCUAUACAGAGGAUCAGACUUUCAUGAAUCCAGUAUUUGGUGCCAUAUGUAAAACUGGUAAAUUGGUCAAAUAUUGAAAGGUAAACAACCGCAACUUGUUCUAAGAGUCCAUCAAGUCAACAGGGUCUUGAGAUUUCUUUGAAGCUUAUUGUGCUGGCCUGCACCAGAAGAUUCUGCAUUACUCUCAUUGCUAAAAAUGUGUAGCACAGAACGGCACUAGGAUUAAUUUGUUAACAAGAAGAAAUUAAAAACUGUUUGGUUUUUCACAUAUAGCAGCUCUAUUGAAUAACAUGCAUCUGAAUUUUAAGUUGCAAAGGUAUCUGAACAGUUAAUUUUUCAUGUGCUACUUUUGUUGAAUGUUUUGGUCUAAGAAAGAAUGUUUAAAGCUUUUUUAAAGACUUCAGUUCUUAAUGUAACUGUACCCUUCUGCAUGGAAAAAUCAUAACCAACAUGGCUGCAGUAGACUUCUUAGUGGUAUCCAGCACCACUUGCAGAGGGCUGCUUUUAACCAUAUUACUUGUACUUGGGUGUAGGACUCUAGUGUUCUUGGGUGUAUUGCAUGGGCUGCAUUAUCUACAGCAUUGUACAAUAACAACUAGAAGAGGCAGUAUACUUCACUGAUGCUUGUCUGGUAAUAUCACUUCUGUGUUAUAAUGGAAGGUUUUCUGUGAUGUAUGAAACUUGUGUUUUUUAUAUAUAAAUGAGAAUACUUAGUGUCGUGGUAAUGCCUGUUUUCAUCUGUAAAUAGUUAAGUAUGUACACAAGGCACUACUUCUGAUUUCUUGCGGUGUUGAGUCCGAGUUUUUUACUUUAAUUAAAGCCGUUUUACUUUCAAGUUUGUGUACUUUAGUUCUCAGCUAGAUCUGCAGAUGUGUACAGAUAGUUCAUAUUUAUGUAUUGCACAUAAUCAUGCUAUUCAGCAUUGAUGCUAUAUUGUAUUAUGUAAAUAAUAAAAGCCAUGUACAGAGGGAAACUUCACUUGUUCAUUGGGUUUUUAAGCCAUAGUUAGAAGUCUUAAAGGAGAAUAACCCAGAAUGUUCAUAUUCAGUUUUUUAGUUGCAUAUGUAGACUUUGCAUGGCUAUAUUAUAAUUUGUUUCAUUGCCAUCCUUGAACUUGAGGUAUUCAAGUGAGUCAUGAGGUGAGUUGUAAGAAACAUUUUCAAGUAUACACAAUAGGCAGUUUAUUUCCGAGAUUAGUAAGUUCUUAUCUAGGAUCAAAACAUUCUGAAUUUGAGAAUGAAAUUUAAACAGUUACAGUCUCGUGAUUUUUUUUUUUUCAUAGAUGACACUUACUUCUUAGGUAUGACAAAAUAAAGGCAUGGUGUUGCUUCUGUUUGGGGUUCUAAUGUAGAAUGGGACUAUGGAUUUACGCAGGUGUCAGACUAGAUAAUAAAAAUAGUAAUAAUACAGACUUUCCGCAUGAAGUAUCUGAAGCAAAGGGUGGAACCUGACUUUCAGUUGUCAGUGCUUUGAGUGCAAAUCAUUUUGCUUUAAGUGGGAGAAAUGCAGGAAACUAUGAAAUUUCUUAGUGCUACUUGUUCAAACAUAGGUUUGAUAUAUUUUAAACACUACGGUUAUUUAAGUUGAUUAAAAAGAUCUCGGGGGAGAUUAUACAUCCUUGGACUUCCUUGGUCGUCUACAAUCAUCUUUGAAUAAAAAUGAGGAUGAGGUGAUAGACAUUUUUUUAUGUUAUAAAAUUUAGAAUUCACCUGGACAUUAGUGUGUGAGGAUAGAUAGGAUAUCUAUACAGGUGUAUCUGCAUAUACACCUGGAAUGAUUCUCAAGCAGGGCUGUAAAUGGGUUUUCACUUUGGAAUGUCCAGAUACUAAGCAUUUUAAGAGUAUACUUGUUUUGAUCUUUGUGAGCAUACACCACUACAAAUGCUUUUCUAGGACAGUCCUUGAAAACUUGAAUUAUCUGACAUUCCUCCUCAGGGCUUUUUACUGUUGAAACCUAGAUUUGACUUUGUUGGGCUUUUCACGCUGUGAAUUUGCAAAGUAAGGAAACUUGAAGAAUCAUUUGUCACAAUGGUUAUAAAACUAAAGGGUCCUUGAAUGGGUCUUCAUUUUGUAAGUGUCACAAUAAUACUUGGCUUUUAAGAUUUUGGAGGUUUAAAAAUUUUCUUAAGCACGGAUUUAUAGCAGAUUUGUGAGGAAGGAAAAGAAUUUUCUAUAUGCCCUCCAUUCUCCAGAAUAGUGAUACAUGUUUUAAAAGUAAUGAUCCCACCUACAUUGACAAAUCAUAACCCAAACUCGAUAAUAUUUGCAGUUAACCCAUUUGAUGUACAUGCAUUCUCAGUUUGAAGUAUGUCAUAUAUCCAUUGUAAUUGUUCGUAGGCCCUGAAAACCAUAUUUUCUCCAUAAUUGUGUUCUUUUUUCUGAAUAUAUAGUUAGGAAUUGAUCGUCAGUCUUUGCAGGUUUUUUUUAAAUCCUUUUCUCUUGUGACUUCAUAUUCCAUUGUCUGCCAUAGUUUGUACCUACUGAAGAAUAGCUUGAUUGCAUUAAAGUUUGGGCAGUUCUGAAGUGUGCUGUAAAUGUGCAGGUUUGUGUGAACACAAGUUUUUAACCAGUUUGGAUAAAUGCCUAGUUGAUGGAUCGUAUAGUAAGCACUGUGUUUAGUUCUGUAAGAAGUGUCCAAAGUAGAUGUGGUCCGUUUGCUUUUUUGAAGAGUUCUGUUGAUUCACAUCUUUACCAGCUAGCAUUUAGUGUUGGCAGUGUUUUGGCUCUUGGCUAGUGUAAUUGAGUAAAGUAUUUUAUUGUAUUUUACUUUGCAGUUCCCUACAGAUAGAUUGUGGAGCAGCUUUUCGUGUUUUCAUUUGCUACUUAAAUCUUUGGUGAGAUUUCUGUAAGAUACUUGGCUCAUUCUUAUAUUGGGUUUCUUACCAAGUUUGAAGUGUUUUGUGUAUUUUAAGUAACAGUUCAUCAGGUGUGUCUUUUGAAUGCAUUUUCUUCCAGUAUGUGAAGUCAGUCUCGAGCUAUAUUAUUUUAAUGUCCUAGAGAAAUAAUUCCUAGAACUUAAAAAAGAAUUAUUUGAAAAUGAAUAAGCUUGAUUAUAUUGUAUAGUGAAAAGUGAUCUGUAACGAAGUUUUAAUUUAGAGACUGCAUUCAAUGAAGUUCUGAAGUAAAUAAAAAUAAGCAAAUGUUUACUAAGUAAUAGAACAAGGUUAUGUUAAGCAUACUACUGUUCGAUUUGUAUUUUUUAAAUUAAUUCACAGGGCUUAAAAAGAAAUUUAUCAAAAGAGUUGCUCAUCCUUUUGCAUACCUUCCACUCCAUGAACAAAUUUUAGAUACUGUUGUACUGGCAUAAAGCCUUGAUUUAACUCUCUAGCUGCUUUAAUGGUAAGCUUAUUUUUGCCCAUAAAUAAUUAACUUAGAUUUUGUACGUAGAGUUGGGGUGGUUGUUUAUUAACAAGUUAAACACCAUAGAAGAGCUUUUAAGGAACAGGUAGUUACUGGACAGUAACUUGAAAUUUGACAAAAGAACAUUGUAUUUGUACAGUCUGCCUUAAAUGUACAUAUACGAUAUUAUAUGUGUAACUACACAUCAUGAUAUAUAUAAAAGCAGAGAACACAAUUCAUCUUUUCCCCCAGUCUUUUCGUUCUAGAAGUAGAAUUUACACUUGUGCCAUAUGUAUAAGAUUUGAUCUUUUUUCUGUUAUGAAUAACUAGUUUCCCACUAAUUAUCCUGAGAAUGAUAAAUCUUGUUUAACAUGUGAAAACAAAAUGGCAGUGGUUGUAGGUGGUUUUCUAAUUGGAUAAUAGUUUCGAAUAUAUUUUUCCUGGUGUUUUUAAUGGAAACUAUCACAGAAUUUCAGCUUGUCUAUGUCUGAAAUAAUUGAGACUGUAACCUAGGCUGUUAAAGCAUUUGGUUAAUCUGUCAAGUCUGCUCAGAAGUUAAUGGGAAAUAUUUCUCAUUCUUAAAUCUUAGUUCAGUGUUACAAAUUUAUUUUUUUUUAAAUUUUUUAUUGAGUCACCAUGUGGAUACAAAUUUAUUUAAAAAAAAAACAAAAACAUUUACCUUUAAGAGCUCAGACAGAAAUCAGCUAGAAAAGAAACCUAAACUACGUGAACUCUUAAAGUUUCUUAGAUGGAACUGUAUCUUUAACCCAUGACAAAUUGAAAAUGUUAAUUGAUGUAUGAGGCCGUUAGCUUACAUACCCAACAAACAUAAUAGAACAUAUUAUACCUUAAUAGUAAUAUGCUUUUUUGUUGUCUCCCAUCACUAUUAAUAGGUUCCAGCAUGUGAAUUAGAAUGCCAUACAAGCAAGUAUUAUUUAUUUAGAUUUUCUGUUGUGCAGCUUUUCUAUUUUUAUGGAUACUCAAGAAGUGAUGUUUAUUCAUAAAACAUUUCUUUAAAGAAAAUUUUGCACAUUCUGGUUCUAUGUUAGCUUCUAGAAGGAAAAGCAUUUCCUUACCAGAAUAAUGUUUGUUGAGGUACCCCUCUCUAAAAUACCUAUAUAGAAUAUUUGGUUUUUAAUAUCUGUACUAGCAAUUUCCAUUGUAAAAUUAAUUCUGUAAAAAUUGUAAUACCUUUAAAUAUGGUUAAUCUGCUAUCCCACACAUUAGCCUUUAGCAUCUGUUUGGGAGGAGGUUUUUUCUCUUUUUUUUAAGUACUAUUGACUUUAGUUUCACAUGUACAUAUGUUAUAUUUAAAUGCCUACUAAAAUUGC